GUUCCUUAUCGCAAGAGCCCAGAUUGUCAAUACAGAGGCUAGAAAAUGACAUCAGUGCUCAGGCCAUUGCACUGCCUUUUGCCUGGCAGGGAACGAAUAGCACUUUUACUUCUGAACCCUAAUAUUCAUCAAAUUAAAGAACAGUUUAAUGUACUAUGGGGAAAUGCUGUAUUCCGAGUUGCGGUUGAUGGUGGGGCCAAUUCCAUAUACGAUGCUGACAACUCCCUUGUUCCUGACAUUGUCACAGGUGACUUUGAUUCGAUAAGGCCUGAAGUUAAAGAAUACUACACUCAAAAGGGAUGUACAGUGACACAUACAGAUGAUCAAGAUUAUACUGAUUUCACCAAAAGUCUGGCCAUCACAACGAAACUCAUCAGAGAAAAAUCUUUAGAUGUAUCGUGUAUAGUAGCUCUAUUUUGCAUGGACAACCGACUUGACCACAUAUUUGGCAACAUGGUAUCUUUGUACGAUGCAAAGCAAAUGACGGAUCUGCCUGUUUAUACAUUGGCUGGAAAAUCUCUAGCUUGUUUGCUUAGUAAGGGAAAACAUACCCUUGAAGUAGAUACUGGUAUUGAAGGAGAAUACUGUGGCUUGAUUCCACUUGGCAAACCUUGUCACGUGACAACUACAGGGUUAAAGUGGAAUCUCCCAGUAGGCGACGACCCACUGCAGUUUGGAGGUUUAGUGAGUACCUCGAAUGGGUUCGAUGGGUCUGGAAUGGUUACCAUAGAAACAGAUAAUCCAUUACUCUGGACAAUGGAGACAACUUAGCAUUGUUUCAGAUAUAGGCAUAUACUCCAGUAUAGAAAUUUGAAAAUCCAGCAUUAACUUUUGGAGAGAAUGAUGAUUUCUUGAACAAUGGCUACUUCCCCAUGUCAGUGCUCUGUCUCUUUAAAUAAUUGAGAUUACUCCAAAGUUCAAACUAGUGUUGCUCGUGUAAAAAGUUGGUAUCUCAUCAUAAUGAAAUGAAUUGGGAUUGUUCGCUAUGGUGGAUCAGAUUCUAACAUGAAAUUAAGACCCACCAUAGCAGACAAAGAACAUUAUUUUUUGCAAAAAAUAAAAGGAACCUGCAACUCUACUAACACUCACUAAGUAAAUGCUCACUAAUACUCAUUAAGUAAAUACCCACUAAUACUUCCAGAAUUAUGAUGAAAACAUAUUAUGUAAAUAUUAUCACGUCAUCAUAAUAUGGUGAUAUUAAAAAGUUAAAAAGAAAAA